AUGGACUCGAUGCGCAGUCUCAACACAUCUCUGCCGAAGACGAGACGGCAGCCAGACGUCCACCAAUCCUUCCGGACUGCCGCGUUGAAUGUCACGAAUCUAUACAAGUCGGCGCUUGCCGAUAUCGACAGGGCCCGCACCGACGGCUACCAGGAGGCUCUCGAUGAACUGCUCAACCUCUUAGACAAGGAGAAUAUCGGUGUGGGAGACGGAGAAGGCUGGCGGAUACGGCAGUGGGCAACUGAGCGGCUAGAUGGAGCUCUGCCUAAGCAGUCGAGCAGCGACAGCGAUGACGAGUAUUUGGACGAUAAGCGCGCCCGAAGCUCCUCACCCAUCAUGGAACGCCAUCUGAGCCCGGACGGCACUCGCACGCCAGACGCUGUUGUCGAUGCUCAACGAUGCGAUUCGGCGCCCGCGCCCGUUCAGAUGGAAGCCACGACCACCGAGGCCGACAUGACUCCUCUACACCACGUCUUCCAAUUCUCUGCACCUCAAGUCUACCCGACCGGCUCGACGAAUGAACACGCUGCCACCGAUGUGUCUGCUGCCGCCCGCCGUGCCUUUCCUGCCCCUCGCCGCCCCUCGAACCGGCCCUCCUCUCGAAAUCUGCAGCGGUCUGCUGCCCAGAAUCUUUUUCAACUGGGCAGCGGGGCAGGGCAGAAGCGACGGCUGAUGCAGGACUUUUUCAACAUUGACAGCAACAAUGACCGGCGAGACGGCUCGUCAGGUGGAUCAAAGCGAGGGCGCAUGUCAUAA